GCCGUGGCUGCUUCGGUCUUCACCAUAACGGCGAUGAGUAUUGACAGGUACCUGGCGAUAAGCAGCCCCAUCGCGUUCCGACGCGUGUUCAAUCGCAAAAGCACUGUCCUCGUUAUCGUGGCUCUAUGGUUGGUCGCUCUAAUCAUCUUCGCACCCCUUUUAAGCGCGAUGACCCUCCAGAGCCCGAGUAUGGAUUUUAACAACAUAACCGUCAACAGAUCCUGGAUAGAUACCUGGAAUACAUCACAAUCACAGAACUGGAUCGAGAUGUCGCAGAACUUAUCGCGGGUCACCCGAUUGCCGCCGGCCUUUUACAUCUGCUCGGAAAACUUUGAAACGCCGCUCUUCGGCAUGGUGUGCUUCGUCCUGGUUUACGCGAUCCCGGGAUUCGUCGUCAUAACAUCGUACUCUAUGAUGGGUCGGACGCUUUGCGCACGUAAACCACCUUUCGAUUGCGACAGCGUCCAAGGAAGUGCCAGCUCUCAGCAAGUUAGUAGAGAACAUACUGAUGACGUUCGUUCGGUACUAGGGAUGGGAUCUACUUCAUUAUAUUGAAUUAAGUGAUUGCGGAUUUUAAAUAAGAAUUCUAUCGACAAAUUCCGCAAUUAUUUAGUUGCCAAUCCAAUAUAUUUGCGAAUUCGAGUCAACAACCAAGUUUCAUUUUAUGAAUUUCGAUUAGUACUCAAACGCAAUAAUGUUUCAUAAUCAUGAUUACACUUGAAAGGUAUUCAUUUUGUACAAAUCUGAUAUCGAACUUCGGAAUGAUUACUUACAAGUUUCGAAAGGAUACUUAUAAGUACCUCGACGUUGGAAGGAAAGAUCGGAGAAUUUCUGAUAGGAUACUCAUAAAAGUUUCGAAUCUGUUCGACCAAGGCUCGAGCAUACUUACAAGUACCACUUCCAUUUACCAAAGUACUUGUGGAUGGUUCCAAAGUGUUUAGUAUAGGUUCGACUAUGCUUAGCAAUUCUGUUUCUAUCUCGUACUUAUAGAGAGUUCGAAUUCAAUCGAUCGAUUACGAGAUACUCGAUCCCAUCCCUAAUUAUUAUUCUACACUUCUACUUACUUUUAAGGAUGUAUUGGCUAU